AUGGGCAUCCAGGGCCUUGCUAGGCGUCUCGAACCCUAUGCGACGCGGCUUUCCUCCGAGCAGCUAGACGGCUACUCUGCCGUGAUAGACGGCCCUGCGCUCGCCUACUACGCUCACAAAUUGGCCCUCGCUUCCGCCGCUAGCGCCACCCGAAUCCCGUCUUAUGCAGACAUCGUCGCUGAAGCACUCCGCUGGCUGACCUCGUUGGAGAACAGCAACAUCAAGGUGUCUGCCAUCUACUUCGAUGGAGCCUUGCCUACGUCAAAGCGAGCCGAGAGGAUAUCCAGGACCGAGGCGAACAACAGACGAGUGCAGCAAUUCCGCAAUAACUAUGCUACCGUUUCCUGCCCUGUACCCACAUACCUAGGCUCCAUCUCAUACGCGUUCCUUGCGCCCGCACUGCAAGAAGCGCUAGUAGAUUCAGAUUCACCCUUUGCUUCAAAGACCCAUACGGUACCGGGAGAAGCAGACGACUGGUGCGCGUCGCAUGCCAAAGAACAUUUGCGAUCCAUCAUCUUCACGAGCGACACCGACCUUAUUCUGUACAACUAUUCGGUGGACACGCUGAUCGUAUUUCUCCACGAUGCAAACAUCUCUACUGGUCUCAAGGCGUACUCUCCAGCCGAGAUCCGAAAGCAGUUACAAGUGACGAGCCUAGUGACAUUCGCAUACACUCUUAUCGAGAACCCACAAGAUAGUGCGAAGCUGCUAGCGCACCAAGCUCAAGAUGUAGACCAGAUGUCUGCCCGGUACAUCGACUUUGCCAGCCGCUACAUCACGAAGGCUCCAACGCCUGUUUACCUCCAUGAUCCAGACUUGGUAGAUCCGCCUCGGAUCGACGUCCGCCUAUCUGAAUAUGUGCACCAAACUUUGGACAAGGCCGAAUUUCCACAGGUAUAUAUGCCUUUACUUACAGAAGAGCCAUCCCAGGCAUCAGCAUGGAAUAUAGGGUUCUACAUCCGUAAACUGGCUUAUACGCUACUUCCGACAAUGGAGUAUACGGUGGUACAAGAGUACAGAAGAAAAGCGCAAGGAGUAUCAGUCCAGGAAGUUCCCAUAUACACUCGGCAUUUUGACCAGAGCCGAGUCGAUAACCUGGAGUCGCAGAUGCGCAGCCUGAGAUCAUGGGGUGACGAGAAGUCCGUCAGCUCAGAGCUCCUAUGGUCGCUCUUUGGUCUCAGUCUAGUGCUUACCGAACUCAACACGCCGCCUCCCAUACCCUUGGUCCAGCGCGUGCUGAAUUGCGACUUCGAUAACAGCUGGGCUUUUGUACACCUUACGGCUAGGUUGCAUGCCGGUCUCUACUCUCUUCGCAUGUUACUCCAAAUGAUCAAAGUCGCGGAGGCAAUGUUCGCACCUGACCCCAUAAUAGACUCCCUGGACCAACAAGAUAUCGAUAACGCCAGGCUGCGCAAGACCAUGUCCAAGAUCGCCAAUCACAUGUCCGACUUUCCCUCGAUACCGGAGGUCAUGGGUGUACCGGGGCAGGCAAAGCGCAUUCUGGCUGAACACGACAAGUUGAAGGAAUUGAUUGAAGAGAUAUAUAGAUCUGCUGGUGUGGAAGUACCAAGCGAGCAGGUGUCGAAUAAGAAGAAGAAGAGGCAGAUGAGGGAAGGCGAGAGGAAGAAGAAGAAGACUGAGCAGAGGAUGCAGGCUAAGCCACAAGUUGGUAACGCCUAUUCGCUUUUGGGGGAGGGGUGA